AUGCCUUGUAGCUCAGCCGUUCUGCUGACCUGCUUGUACGAUCAGCUCAUUCGUAAAGUUCCCUCUGGUUCAAGGACAGGGGAGCUCGGUCAGGUUGCGGGUGCAAUAUUACGGAAACGUCCGCUCGGCGCUGGAGGGCGGGCCGGACCUUCAAAGGCUCCCGAGAAAGUUCAGAGUUGAAGAGCAAGAGUUGCAAGCGUUCGUGGCGUCGACGGCGGCGAGGGAGGCAGAUCCAGGCGAGCCUUCGACGCGUGUGGAGCUCCUUUCUGUCACGCGCCGCCGUUCCUCGCCGCCGCUUCUCUUUCUCUUUGUCUCCCCCUCUCCCUCUGUCUGUUUCUUCGGCCAAGAGCACUUUCCCCUUCGCGUGGAACACCUGAAGUCACUGCUGUCGUCGCCGAGCUGUUGUCGAGUAACCGCACCCGUUCUCAUCGAAGGCUGAACGUGUGGCGCUUCGGGCGGACACCGCAAUGGAGAUGAGGAUCGCAUGUGUUUCGCUGCAGCUGCUGACGGUGCUGGUAGUGCUGACCCAGGGCGGCGCAGCGGCCUCCACCGCAGCCGAGACGACCUUGCUCCGCUGGAAGCGCCAGGCCAUCCACUGCCAGCCGGGAGACGCGGUCUGCGCGCUCUGCUCGGCCUCCUGUGACACCGUGGAGGCGUCCCGGCUGCCCGAGUGCUGCGAGGCCUACGGCGCCUGCUGCGACCAGUACUUCAAGGCGUGCAAGCAAUGCUCCAACAUUGUAAACGAAGACAAGUUUUUCCCCGAGUACUGCUGCGCUUCCUUCACCGACUGCUGCGACCUCAUAACCACUUUCACCACGGAGGUCAAGGCCCCGACCUCGCGCAAAACCAAGGGCAAGGCCAAGGCGGACUUGCCCGUGCCCAUCACUCCGGCUCCUAAGCCCGAGGUCUUCCCAGGGAUCAGCGAGUACCCAGGCGAGGAAGCCCGGCCCGGGGCUUCCCUUAUUCCUGCAGCGCCUGUUGCCCCAGUCGCUGCUGUUGCCCCAGAGGCACCUGUUGCCCCAGGGGCGCCUGCAGCCCCCAGUGCACCAUUCGCCACCGACUCAGCUCCCGCGCCUCCUGCGAGAGAGCAGCCUGAGCGCGGCCGAGGUGCUGGCAGCAGUGGAGGUGCCGCAGGCGGCCGAGGUGCUGGCAGCAGUGGAGGUGCCGCAGGCGGCCGAGGCGCCGCCCGGGGGAGGCAGCCCCAGCGCAGCCAGGCGCAGGGACCGUCGGCCAACAACAGGAGAGGGCGCGUCACGUCCAGGGGCCGCGUGCUGUAACGACUGUCCCUCUCGCUCCUACUUUCGCCCUUUGCUUUCUCUCCUUCUAUCUAUUCUUAAUCCUUUACUUUAUAUCACAUCUUACCUCUUUCUUCUUACUAUUGCUAUGUAUUCUCUUAAUCAUCAAAUAGCCUUUCCUCUUCUUGCUCCUGUAUAUGAAAUCGUUGCGAAUUUCGAACUUUUCAAUUCCUCUUCUCUCUGUCCCUAAAUAUUCAACAUUUACCAUAUUCUCUCUCUCUCUCUCUCUCUCUCUCUCUCUCUCUCUCUCUCUCUCUCUCUCUCUCUCUCCCUCUCUCUCUCUCUCUCUCUCUCUCUCUCCCUCCUUUUUUCUUUCCUUGGCCCUUCCCGCCUUCCUCCCCGUCUGUCGUCCUGGCCCCUGCUGCAGGAGCUGCUGCCGAAGAGACUCGAGAUAAGAUCAGAGAAUGUGGAACUGUCCCCAUUGUUAUUAGUAUAUACUGCAGUUUUCUCUUUCAAGUGAUCUGUUCUGUUUCUUUUAUUACUCAUGUAUGUGAUCAUUCUGCCAUCUUGGUUUUUUGGAAACAUUGUUAUACAUUUUUUCUUAAGUUAUGUUCGCCGUCAUUGUUACAGCUGUUCUAUGUUUACUUUCAUUACUGAUUGUUGUGUUCUCUCUAUAUAUUGUUUUCGUA